UACAGUAGAGAGAACCUGCCUGUAAUUCCCCUCCAGUCCUACAGAGGGCAGAAACACCAGCGUCACUUCCUCUGAGAGCUGACGGUCACAACAAGGUGGAGGAAGAGGCAGAGAGACCAGGGUUGUUGCGUCGUCUUCGACUGCAGCCUUGCGUGACAACACCAAACCGGAUUCGUGUUUCUGGUAUAGACAUUUUUUCUUCUUCUUCUUCUCGAAGGGGACCAAUCUUAUAUUUACACAUUUCAUCGACCAGUGUAAAUGAACUGUUCUGUUUGGUGUUUUAACUUGGACAAAAGUUCAGGAAAACCUUCUAAUGGAGGCUUGCUGGGCAAAAUGGCUGGGCUCUCUGAAAUGUGAAACGUACACGGGUCAGCAGUGGUAGCAGAAAUAACUGGCUACGAAAGGGCGUUUUUAUAAUUCCUUAUAACUCGCAGAAAUACCGUUUAUUUUCACCGCUGGGUACAAAACAGUUUUGUAUCCAUAUGCGUUGGGAUUUCAUUUUAUUGCGGAUACCUGCAUUUUUUUUUUCGACAGUUCCGUGUUGUUUUUAUUUUCCUUCCCCCAAAAGCCGAUUGCUGCUUGACUGAUUUGGCAUUGUUACUGCGGUCUGUUAUUGUCUCGUCGUCAGCUGUGGAUACUCUCACUGUUGGAUGGGAACCGACGAACAACAAUAUAUAUACGAAGCAACAGCCGACCGAACACAUUUCAGAAGUUUGCUUUGGUAAAUACCAUCUAAAUAAACCUGCAAUCAUGGGUGAAUUCCUGAAAUACAUCGACUACGAUCACAAGACCAGUUUCCUGAAGAUGUUGAACCAGCAGAGGAUGGAAGGGGACCACUGUGACGUUGUGGUUGUGGUGGAAAACGUUGAGUUCAGAGCUCACCGUUGUGUCCUGGCCGCCUGCAGCAUCUACUUCAAGAAGCUGUUUAAAAAACAGAACGAGGUGGACAACUCCAUCGUGGAGCUCGACUUCAUCCGUUCAGACAUCUUCGAGGAGGUCCUCAAUUACAUGUACACCGCCAGGCUCGCGGUCCGCAAAAAGGACAUCAACCUCAUGAUGUCAUCCGGACAGGUCCUGGGGAUCACGUUCCUCGACAACCUGUGUUCGCAGAAACGUGAGCCCAACAUGAAGCUGAGUCGUGAGAACCAGGCGCCAGGCGACGGUAUGAGAGCCCAGGACGCCAUCCUCAAAGAGCUGGCUAUGGAGGAGGUGAGGAAGAACAGCUUCUACGAUGGAGGGAUGGAGGCCAUGGGCUCCGGGGGGCCUCACGGGGUCCCUCCUCACUUCGGCGGGAACAUGUCUAAAGACCCCCACAGCGCCCACGGCUGGACCUCCUCGUCCUCCUCCUCCAGCGAUAUGAAGCUUGACUACCUGCUGUACGGCCACCGCUCUGACGGCAUCCACCCGGGAAUGAAACCAGGCGGAGACGGCCCCAAGAAAGACAAGUCCCACCUGGCCCACCGUCCGUUCGCUUGCGAGGUGUGCCCCAAAACCUUUACCACCCAGGCCCACCUCAAAGAGCACCUGAAGAUCCACACGGGCUUUAAACCGCACCGCUGCCUGGUCUGUGGCAAGGCGUUCAUACGAGGGCCCGACUUAAAGCGGCACGAGAGGGUCCACAGCAACGAGAGACCCUUCGGAUGCCAGAUGUGUGAAAAGGCCUUCAAGCACAAGUCCCACCUGCGAGACCACGAGCGGCAGCACCGAGGGGAGAGGCCCUUCAACUGCGGCUCCUGUGACAAGGCGUUCAUCAAAGCAUCGGACCUGAAGCGCCACUGGAACACGAUGCACAGCCAGCGCAGAACGCUGUCCCCCGCCGCCGCCGCCACCGCCGCCCCGGGCGGCAUCCAGGGAGAUGCCGACACGCAGAGCCAGAGGGACUGGAAGCUAGAGGCUGGGCCACAUUCGUAAGGACGGACUGUUACACAGACACACACACACACACACACACCAUGCGUAUAUAGUGACAGACACACACACAUACAUGCACUAACACUCAUGAAUACACAUGUGCACACACACACACACAAGCAUCCAUAAACACAUGAAUACUGGCCCUGUGAUAUGUACUGAGGUGUAACAAUGAGAAGAUGGUGGGAUCAUACCGUGUCCAUUACUGUAAUGACAUAAUGGGCAUGUAGUAAAUAUGAUCCUAUUGAAUUGUAUUUUAUUGAAUUGUUUAGGUUUUUUGUUUUUUCCCCACUUCAUGUAGAAAAAUAAUAAUAAUAAUAAUAAUGUUUAGGCUACUAUCUACUACGACGACCAUUAAUGUAUAUUUUUCACAUUUAAAAAAAAAAAAAAAAAAACAUUUGUUGCUAUUUAGACAGACAGGGUUCUUCUUAUUAUAACUUCUUAUUAUAACUUUUAUUUAUUUUACUUUAUUGAAUAUCAGUAACAUUUAAGUGUUUUUUUUUUGUUGUUUAACCUUACUGUAUUUUAAGACAACAACAACAACAAAAAUUGUGAUUCUCUGCAUAACAUUUUUGUUGUGUAUAUCUUUUUACAUGUGGAUCUUAAAAUGGCUGUUUUUAUUGUAAUGAUUGGUUGAUGUUACACUGUAGGAGUCACCAUUCUGCUUUUCAUACAUACAGGUUAUACCAAAGUCUUGGGCCUUCGAUAAGACAGCCGGGGUAACAGGUUAAUACCAUGUCGGUUCUGGAAAUAAACCAACAUUCCAAGUCAAAAUUUCCAUCCUCAUUUUGGGGAAAAUACAAAUGGUGGAAAAUUGGGAAUUAUUGGAAUUUUCAGUUUGCUUGCGGAAUUGGAAUGGAUUUGACCCCUGACCUUUGACAAGCAGUCUGAAGGAGGGCUGUUCAUUGUCUGUUCAGCCCAAGCGGCAUGAGUCCGACAAGAUUUACUGUUAUACAGUGUCACUAGCCGAUCAGAGCGAGAUACCACAUCUGUAUCAGUAGCCUAUCAGUGAGAGAUACCACAUCUGUAUCAGUAGCCUAUCAGAGAGAGAUACCACAUCUGUAUCACUAGCCUGUCAUCAGAGAGAGAUACCACAUCUGUAUCACUAGCCUGUCAUCAGUGAGAGAUACCACAUCUGUAUCACUAGCCUGUCAUCAGAGAGAGAUACCACAUCUGUAUCAGUAGCCUAUCAUCAGAGAGAGAUACCACAUCUGUAUCACUAGCCUGUCAUCAGAGAGAGAUACCACAUCUGUAUCACUAGCCUGUCAUCAGAGAGAGAUACCACAUCUGUAUCACUAGCCUGUCAUCAGAGAGAGAUACCACAUCUGUAUCAGUAGCCUGUCAUCAGAGAGAGAUACCACAUCUGUAGCUACCGUCAGAGAGCGAUCGAUACACCACGUCUGUAUAUACUGUAGCUUGACUAGUUGCACAAUUAAAAUAUUUAGGACACACAAUUAUGAUAUAUGCACAUAUAAACGUUGUUCUCUUACACUUUGAAAAUAAACCAACAUUUGAUGAAUAGAUUUUUUUUUUGGGGGGGGGAUCAUUGUUAUGAUCUGAUUUCUUUUGUUAGUACAUGUUUUUGUUUGUACAUGUUUUUUCAUGAGGGCGUUCCUUUAGUAUAUGGUAAUAGUUAUGACUGUAACGAUGUAUAUUUGUGUUAAUACACACACAUUCUAUAGCA